CCCCACAUCAGUUCGUGACAUCAUCGAGCAGUAAGUACUUCCGGGUUGAAGGUGUUUAGCGGUUCUGUUUAUCUAGCUAGCAAGAGCUAGCCGCCUGUUGGCCAAUGUUACUAGUUUCCACAAGAUGAAACCAAAGUCCUACCUGUGGUGAAGUGUAUGAGGUCAACGCAGGAUACGUUCCCAACGUCGUGCUUUAAUUGCUUUGAGUAACCAUUGCAAUCCAGCAUGGCGUCACCAAAUGAGUCUGGGGCUCGGAGAAAACAGCAUGAAAGGGCAGCCCGGCCCAAGGUAAGACUGAGUCGUUCCGAAGAGAGACAGGACCCAGGGUGCAGGCAGAGGGGCGCUAAGGGCAAGUGGAAAGGCUUUGCUGCCCAUCAGCCGGCUGUUGAGCGACCCGUCAGUGAUGGCUUUGAGUAUGGGGAUUUCUUAAAUGACCUUGAAAGCAAGGACAAUGCCGCUGCUGCCUCCUCUCCCCAGAGAGCAAGCUGGAGAUGUCAUGGGGGGGAUGCUGUGGCCUUAUUGCUGCCCGAACCAGCGGCAUCCACUGAAGGCUUGGCAACAGUCAGCUCUUGUGCAGAGUCAUCUACACCCAGUGAAGGAGACUGCAGAGGAUCAAACGGCAGUCGGACAUUCCGGCAAAAAAUCCAAGAUGCAAUGGGGCAGUGUUUCCCCAUUAAGACGCACAGCGCAGAGAGCACGCCCCCACUUCCUCAUGCCUUCUUCUUGUCAGCAGGCUGCACCCCCUCUCGACGGAAGAUCCAUCUAAGUGAGCUGAUGUUGGACGACUGCCCUUUCCCCGUGGGGUCAGAGCUGGCUCACAAAUGGCAUCUCAUAAAGCAACACACGGCCCCCAUCACUCACCUCCCGGUGCUCGACCCCUCUGCGGCGUGCGGUGCUCUGGCUUCCACCGUGGCGUUGCCGACUGAAGAUGUGGAUGACAGGCUGAGGGAGCGCAGGCGCAUCAGCAUCGAGCAAGGCGUGGAGCCGCCACCCCAUGCGGAGAUCCACACGUUGGAGGUGACGUCCCAAAUGAACUCGCUCCACAGGCGCGGCCCCAAAGUGGCUCAUGGCUCAAACGAGUUGGCAGGAGGCGAGCGAGCUCCUGCAGCUCAUCAGCAGAAGCAGCUUCUCUUGCAGAGGCAGAAGCAGCAUCAGCUUCUUCUGCAGAGUUGUUUGGACACCCUGGAUGAGGUGGUGGCCUCCUCUUCCUCUUCGGCUGCUAGUGACGUUAGCACUGCGUCUGUGGUCCACCCACAGGAGACCAGCUCGCCCCAGAGAGCUGGCCCACACAUUCACACUCAGAUUGACUACAUUCAUUGUUUAGUUCCUGACCUCCUGCAGAUCACCAACCUGCCUUGUUACUGGGGCGUCAUGGACCGCUAUGAGGCAGAGACGCUUCUAGAGGGGAAACCCGAGGGCACCUUCCUCCUGCGCGACUCGGCCCAGGAAGACUACCUCUUCUCAGUCAGCUUCCGCCGCUACGGUCGCUCUCUGCACGCCCGCGUCGACCAAUGGAACCACAAUUUCAGCUUUGACGUGCGGGAUCCUAGCGUCUUCCACGCGACCACCGUCACAGGCCUGGUGGAGCACUACAAGGACCCGAACUCGUGCAUGUUCUUCGAGCCGCUGCUGUCCAUCCCCAUGCCUCGCACGCAGCCCUUCAGCUUGCAGCAAAUCUGUCGUGCCGUCAUCAGCAGCCGCACCACCUACGACGGCAUCAACACGCUGCCCAUACCAAACACCUUGAAGAAGCACCUGAAAGAAUACCACUAUAAGCAGAGGGUACAUGUUCGCAGGUUGGACGCAUGGUGGGAGUGACCACCAACCACUGGAAUCACUUCCAGAAGCCUGUUUCCGCCGUACAAGUGGCCAAAUUACUUAUUUAUUGUGCUGUACCUCCUGCUGCGUCCCACACUGGCACGACAAGAUGUAAACUCACUGGUCUCGAACCUGCUUUCUGCUAGAAUAAACCUACUGGAUUUUUA